AGGCUGCGCGGCUGGGGAGCCCCGAGCGGAGGGGCGGGAGGCGGCGAGGGGAAGCGGGAACUUGAGGGGAGGAAACUUCCUUCCUAAGAGAUAACAGGAGGGGUACUAGGCAGAACGCUGACGUGUUUACAGGCUGUGAGGAGUCUCGGCGCCUUGCCUGGCAGCCUUGUUGGCGCGUGGGACCUUGCAUGCGGGCUGCGAUAGCCCCGCCGCCUGCCCUUCCCGGCCCGCUCAGCUCCGUGCCCGGCUGCUGGCGGAGCUGCUGCUCGCUCAGCCGUCCCGUAACUCUACGUUAGAUCACAGCAGCCGUGCUCCUCCUCCAUAUCACCAGUGCAGCUUUUUCUGCUACUGCCCCGCUGCUGACAAGUAAAGUGGCAGUAGCCGGACACUGAGGAGUAUUCAAGGCACCAAAAAGCAGCUCCCGACCCAGCAGCCUUCUAACAAGCCUCCUAACAAGUGGGGAGAAUAAAUCAGCACAUAGUAGGAGACUUUAAGGCCCGUGUGAGGAACUUCUGACUCAUCUUGUGUGAGGUUUAGUCAAAGUGACCAUGAGAUUUGAAGAAAUAGGACAUUUGGUGUUGAAUCUAGUAACAGGCUAGUCCUACGGAUAGAUGUGCACGCGUUUUUGUGAACGUGAAGCUCAGUGACCUGGGAAGAUAAUGGAAGAUGUGAAAAGGAAACUUAAUACCGUGUCUUUAGAGAAGAUCUGUGCUGAGUCAGUCUGAGAAAUGAAAAGCAUCAGAUCAGUGGAGAUCUAGCAUAUUGUAUAAGUUUUUAAAUCUGUUUUCUUAUAAUUUGAAGACUGAUCAAAACUGCGUGAAGCUCUACGCCCUUAAAGAGAAGACUGUGCUAAGAGAGCAAGGACUUUGUUCUUAUUUAUAAACAUGCUGUUUUGACAAGAAGUAUAGUAGUGCAGCACUGAUACUGGAGUUGCCUCUGGAAGAAGUUGGUACUCAGAACUGGAGAUUGUCUUAGAAUUAACAGAACUUUAAGGACUGGUGUGUGUAUAGAGGUCAAAGCCAAAGCUGUCUAAUAGGAAAGCAAAGAUGCAGAGCACCUCCAAUUAUCUCUGGCUGUUGUCUGACAUUCUAGGACAAGGAGCUACUGCAAAUGUUUUCCGGGGACGACAUAAGAAAACUGGGGAUUUAUAUGCUGUCAAAGUAUUUAACAGUAUAAGUUUCCUUCGUCCUGUGGAUGUUCAGAUGCGAGAGUUUGAAGUAUUGAAGAAACUGAACCAUAAAAACAUUGUCAAGUUGUUUGCUAUUGAGGAAGAGACAACAACUAGACACAAAGUGCUAGUUAUGGAAUUUUGUCCAUGUGGAAGUUUAUAUACAGUUCUAGAGGAACCAUCCAAUGCCUUUGGUUUGCCAGAAUCAGAGUUCUUAAUUGUGUUGAGAGAUGUAGUGGCUGGGAUGAAUCAUCUCCGGGAAAACGGAAUAGUGCACCGUGACAUCAAACCAGGCAACAUCAUGCGUGUUAUAGGCGAAGAUGGUCAGUCUGUCUACAAACUGACAGACUUCGGAGCUGCAAGGGAGCUUGAAGAUGAUGAACAGUUUGUUUCUCUCUAUGGCACAGAGGAAUAUUUACAUCCUGAUAUGUAUGAGCGAGCAGUUUUGAGGAAAGAGCAUCAGAAAAAGUAUGGAGCCACAGUUGAUCUGUGGAGUAUAGGAGUGACUUUUUACCAUGCUGCAACGGGAAGCUUGCCUUUCCGACCCUUUGAAGGACCUCGUAGAAACAAGGAAGUGAUGUAUAAAAUAAUCACUGGGAAGCCUUCUGGUGCUGUUUCUGGAAUACAGAAAGCAGCAAAUGGACCAAUUGAAUGGAGCUGGGAGAUGCCUAUUUCUUGCAGUCUUUCAAAGGGUCUACAAGUACUGCUCACGCCUGUCCUUGCAAAUAUUCUGGAAGCAGACCAGGAGAAAUGCUGGGGCUUCGAUCAGUUUGCAGAGACGAGCGACAUACUGCACCGAAUCAUAAUCCACAUCUUUUCGCUCCAGCAGAUGACCUUGCACAAAGUUUAUAUUCACAGCUAUAAUACAGCUACUAUAUUUCAUGAGUUGGUCUACAAGCAGACAAAGAUACCAUCUCAGAAUCAAGAACUUAUAUACGAAGGUCGGCGUUUGAUACUAGAGCCUGGCAGACUGGCACAACACUUCCCUAGGACUACUGAGGAGAAUCCUAUCUUUGUAGUAAGCAGAGAGGCUGUGAACAUUGUUGGAUUAGUCUAUGAAGAAGUUCUGCUUCCUAAAGUGCAUCAACGUUAUGACUUGGAUGGGGAUGCCAGUAUGGCUAAAGAAGUAACACGUAUCGUAUGUUACGCCUGUAGAGUUGCCAAUUCUUUGCUACUUUACCAGGAGCUGAUGCGAAAAGGAAUACGAUGGCUAAAUGAAAUAAUCAAGGAUGACUACAAUGAAAUGGUUCAUAAAAAGACUGAGAUUGUCAUCAGACUGGAUUUCUGCAGCCGAAACAUUGAAAAAGCAGAGAAAAUAUAUGAGAAUUUGAUGCAGAUCAACUUGGAAUCAUCAGAAGUGGAUGAAAUUCCAGAGAUAAACACGAAAUUGUUGCGUCUCUCCAGCUCUCAGGGCACAAUAGAAACAAGUCUUCAAGAUAUCAAGACCAAACUUUCUCCUGGUGGUUUACUAGCUGACACCUGGGCGAAUCAAGAAGGCACACAUCCAAGAGACAGGAAUUCUGAAAGGCUGCAGACACUGCUAUCUUCGAUCACAGAAAUUUACUAUCAGUUCAAAAAAGACAAACAAGAACGAAGGCUUCCCUAUAAUGAAGAACAAAUUCACAAGUUUGACAAGCAGAAGCUGUAUUUGCAUGCUACCAAAGCCAUAGCUCUGUUCAAAGAUGAAUGUGUCAGCAAGUAUGAUGCAUUUCUGGAUAAGGCUGAGGACUGGACAAGGAAAAUGCUUCACACAAGAAAGCAGUUGCUAGCUCUCACCAAACAAUGUUUUGAUAUUGAAGAAGAAGUAUCCAAAUACCAGGAUUAUAUAAAUGAGUUACAAGAUGCUCUGCGUCAGAAAAUGUUUGCAGCUUUCACUGGGAUGAAACAUACCAUGAAUACAGUUUAUCCAAGUUCAAACACAUUAGUAGAAAUGACUCUUGGGAUGAAGAAACUAAAGAAGGAAAUGGAAGGAGUUGUUAAAGAGCUGGCAGAGAACAAUCAUAUUUUGGAAAGAUUUGGUGCUUUGACUGCAGAUGGUGGCCUGAGGAAUGUGGACUGUAUCUAACUUUCAGAGGACCUGAAGAAGAUUUGUACAUUUUUCAAAGGGAAAAAAUACUGUUGGGACAUUUAAAAGCAGAUAAUAAAUCUGUAUCCAGUU